CGCGUGUCAUUGGCUGGCCCCGGGCAUCUGACAAACGUCGCCCGGCGGUACCUGCGUUUGCAAACUGCGCGAAUCUAAGUUGUGACAACUCACUCAUUUACACAGGCAAAGGGGACACCUGCCAGAACCUCGCCUGAGACAAGCCUCUGACAGCAGACGGACUUCUAACGAGUUUCUAUCACCUAGGCCGAAACCGACACAAUGGCUGCGCCUCUCGCAGAGCUGGCGCAGCAGCAAACUGCGAAGCUCGUCUUGCUCGGCGAGAUGGGCUCGGGGAAGUCUUCCUUGGUGCUUCGAUACGUCAAGGGCCAGUUCUUCGACUAUCAAGCCUCGACCGUGGGUGCUGCGUUUCUCACAAAGACGCUGCCGGAGCUCAACGUGAAGUUUGAAAUAUGGGACACGGCCGGUCAGGAGCGCUACCACAGCCUCGCGCCAAUGUACUACAGGGGUGCCGCGGCAGCCAUCAUCGUGUACGACAUCACGAGCCCAGACUCGUUCACCCGCGCGAAGUCGUGGGUGCGUGAGCUGCAGCGGCAGGGCAACCCCAACAUGAUUAUGGCGCUGGCAGGCAACAAGGCAGACCUGGAGGGCCAGCGCGCGGUGACGGUGGAGGAGGCGCAGGCGUACGCGGCGGAGAACGGGUUGUUCUACGUGGAGACGUCGGCCAAGACGUCCGCCAACGUCAACGAGCUGUUCGAGGAGAUUGCCCGGAAACUACCCAAGCCGGAGGCGGCGCCCCGGCCGCCGCAAGGCGGGAUCGUCCUGUCAGAGAACCAGCAGCAGCAGCCCAAGAAGAGCACUUGCUGCUAAGAGCGGCUUCGGCUCUCGGUGGAGCAGGGGCCUGGUUGCAUGGCAGGUGGUGUGCCUGGCGGCUCCGGGACAGAGCAGGAGCUUAAUGAUGGGCUGUUGCUCCGGGUGCAUGGACACUGGGUGGCUCGUUUUGCAGUGGAGGUGGGGCGUGUCUGGCAGGUGCGUGCACGGAUGUGGGGGCAGCCUUGCGGCGAGUGAGUUUGUGAACAGAGGACGGUGUUAGGCAUUGAGUGUUCUUCUUUGACAACAGUUUGGGCAUUUUUUGCAGCGUGCAAGGAAACAGAAAGUCCAAGACGUCGUGAGGGGAGCAGAACGCUAGUGGCGGCAUGCGGAAACAAAAUGAUGAAGAUGCGGGUGUGUUCUCCAAUACGGUAGAUUCGGUGCGUUGUGUUGCUCCCUAAUUGCGCUUAUUAAUCUGCUCUCUUCCUACUGCAUGUGUUAAGCUUGGAGGCAGCUGAUUAUAUGUUAAUGAAAGCCGCCGCUGUGAUUGCAAGAAUGGCCAUGCACAUCCUACCCGUGCUGCAUCCUAGGUCACUAACCCCUCCGUCAAUCCAACAUAGCACUGAAGCACGUGCCCGAUGCACGCCCCUUAUAACCCAGAAUCGAACA